AUGGUUAACUUGCAGGCGACGUCAUACGACUACAUAGUCGUUGGUGCAGGAGCAGGUGGAAUCAUAGUCGCAGACCGUCUUUCCGAAGCAGGAAAGAGCGUUCUUCUAAUCGAACGUGGUGGGCCCAGCACCUGGGAAACUGGCGGCCGAUAUGCACCUGAUUGGACCGAAGGCCAAGAGCUCACUUUGUUUGACGUUCCCGGACUCUUCGAAUCCCUGUUCGCCGAAAAUGGCACGUUCUGGUGGUGUGACGAUAUAGACGCUCUUUCUGGUUGUAUGGUAGGUGGGGGAACAGCCAUCAAUGGAGGCCUUUAUUUUAUUCCUCGUGAUGCCGAUUUCACCACUGACGCUGGAUGGCCAUCGUCGUGGACCUCUCAUGCACCAUAUACUGCGAAGCUCGAAGAGCGACUUCCAAGUACCGAUGCACCCUCUACGGAUGGACUACGAUAUCUCGAACAAGUAGCUGAUGUCGUCGGAGAAUUACUCGACAGCCAGGGCUACACUCAGGUUACUAUUAACGACGACCCCAACAAUAAAGAUAAGGUAUACGGAUAUAGUGCAUUUGACCUCAUAGACGGAAAGCGAGGUGGUCCGGUGGCGAGCUACUUGAGGACAGCUACAGCCCGUUCCAACUUCGUCCUGCAACCAUUCACCAAUGUCCUCAACGUUGUACGCGACGGCUCGACAAUCACUGGCGUCAAGACAAACGAUACCUCCCUCGGCUUAGAUGGAAUAGUCUCUCUUAACGAAAAUGGACGUGUGAUUUUGUCCGCUGGUUCUAUGGGGUCUUCCCGCAUUCUGUUCCGAAGCGGUAUCGGCCCGUCAGACAUGAUUGAACUGGUUCAAGGAGAUGUUACAGCGAGUGCGAAUCUUCCUACCGAGGCCGACUGGAUCAGUUUGCCAGUCGGGUACAAUGUGUCCGAUAACCCUUCAAUUAAUCUCGUGUUCACGCACCCAGAUGUUGAUUCUUACAAUAAUUGGGCGGAUGUAUGGACUAGUCCGAGAACAGCUGAUACUGUUCAAUAUUUAGCUAACCGAUCUGGUGUAUUUGCGCAAACAUCUCCAAGAUUGAAUUUCUGGCGUGCGUACGAGGGUGACGAUGGCACCACGCGUUGGCUGCAAGGUACUGCUCGACCUGGAGCUGGGUCCUUAACAACAAGCAUGGAUUAUAAUGAAACACAAAUAUUCACAAUUACGUUGUAUCUAUCUACUGGUAUAACAUCGAGAGGACGUAUUGGGAUCGACUCGUCCUUGACGGCUCUCGCGAUCAAGGAUCCUUGGCUUCAAAAUGACUUUGACAAGAAUACUUUACUACAAGGAAUCAACGAUAUCGCGAACAGCGUAGGGAACGUGUCCGGUUUGACCCUUAUUAUGCCCGAUAACACGACUGACGCUAAUGCUAUGCUCACAGUUAAUAAUUACGGGACUAGCUCAAUGUGUUCCAAUCAUUGGGUGGGAGCAAACAUUAUCGGUGACGAAGGUGCUGCAGUUGUUGAUGAAAACACCAAGGUGUAUGGAACUGAUAACCUUUUUAUCGUUGACGCGUCGAUCAUUCCUUCCCUACCGAUAGGUAAUCCACAAGGUGCUAUCAUGUCGACAGCUGAACAAGCAGCCGCAAAAAUCCUAGCUUUGGCUGGUGGCCCGUGA